AUGUCCAACCAUGGCAGCAGCAAACGUCUUCGCCAGCUACUACCAGCCGCCCAUGGUGCAGAUGUCAAUGAUAUAAACCACGCGACUGGCUCGUCAUCUUCAUCAGCCAACGCCCCCUCUGCGUCCACUACCGCUCUUAGUCACACCCAUGGAUACAACCAGACGCCUGGCCACGGCCAACUGGGCCUGCUCGAUGGUGAUGCUUCCCUCAGCGAGCACGAUGAUCGCGGUAAGCGAAAACGGAUCGGCACCCAGCUUGCCUGUAACGAUUGCCGCCGUAGGAAGGCUCGCCGCCCUUCGUGCCAGGCGUGCCUGAAGAGGUCUAAAACUUGCGUCUACACCGAGAAGCCCGCGCGAGGAGCGUCCGAUACCGCCAUGGCCGAGUCGUACGAAGUGCUGCAGCUCCUCAAGGCAGCUCCCGAGCCCGAAGCUCUCGACAUAUUGCGCAUGCUCAGGGCUAACCGCGACCCGUCGGCCGUUCUUGCCGUCCUCAAAGACUCUACAAGCUCCAAUCUUACGCCGUCCGAGCCCGGCGCAGACAAUAGCUACACCAACCUCUCCCGUUCUCGCUUCGAACACGAGCUCAUGCGGAACUACCCUACCGCCUAUCCCGCUAUUCGUCCUCUUCCACUGCCGCGCCCUGAGACGUCUGAUGCGAGUCCAGCCCCUUAUUUCCGACGAACGAGGUCCAUGGAUCAAAGGACUAUCCUAGGUAUUCAUCUCUCCGGUUAUGGCUUCCCUUCCGACCACAUGACAGGAGGCUCUUAUCUCGCCGACACGGAGGAUAACCCCUUUUUGACUGAGCCUGGCGGAGGCAAAGCGCCGACUUCGGUACCGAUAUGUGACGAGAGGCUGCAUCGUCUCGACAUGUCCUUUUGGACGGAUAUUCCUCUCUCCAACGAGUUUGCAACCAAUGUGAUUUCUUUGUAUUUGAGAACGGAUCACCCACUGCUCGGCAUGUUCGAUCCCGACUUGUUUGUAUCCGAUCUUGUCGGCCACAGAGACGUAUACUGUUCCCGGUUCUGUACAUGCUCUCAUGUACUGGGCACUCAACCCGGGUUGGAGUACCCAGAGUACCCUCCGGCGCUGCCCAUUCCUGGCGAUUCCCCGGAGUUCGCCUCGUCGCCGGGGUCGAGCCGUAGCAGAGAGUCAGACGCGAACUCGCAAAUCCCCGAGAGAAUCCCUCCCAUAUACAUGGGCGAAACCUUCACGGCAUUCCUGUGGUUCCAUGCUGCGAUACUGGACAUAUUUCGCCCGUUUUUGCGAGACGGCAAGGCCAAGAAGACACGCCUCACUACAUUCUCCUCGCGGAAGAGUUCCGCCGAGGCCGCUUUCAAAGCGUCGGUUAAUCAACUGAAACGACUCAUCGUCGUGUACCGUUCCGAGUACCAAUCCUCCGCAUACACGAUCCUCUGGCACACGGCACUGAUUUACGUGGCCAACGCCGUACUCAAGGACACGGGUGACCCGGAGUGGCGCUUCUAUUUCCUCCACUGCGUGUACGGCUACGAGUCGCUCCGCAAGUCCUACCGCCUCGCCGAGGCCAUCGGCCGCGCGCUCCUCGCCAUGACGCUGCGCAACGGUGACAUUACAGGGCUGGAGGCACGAACCAUACUACAGCAGCUGAAGCAGCGCGGGCUGGACCAUCCCUCUGGCGACAUUCGGGCCACCUUCAUGGGCGACCUCGAGCUCGCCAUGACGAACCCGGGGGAGGCCAAGGUCGAGACGCUCGCCGGACAAUUCGAAGACGUCGCGCUCUUUCAAGAGUUCAUCGACAUGGAGGCGACGUCACAUGAUGACAUAUUUAUGGACAUAGACAACUUUGACGAGAGUCACACGCAUCGGUUUUGA